CGCGUGCGCUCAUUCGCGAUCAACUUGUCGUUGCAAACUCACCAAUAAUUACAUUCAGUUUUAACCGACUAACACAAUGAAAGUGAUAUUAGUUUUCUUGUUCUGUGUUGUUUGUGCACACGCUAGAGUGACGCCGGACUACUUCCCAUCAUGCAAGAGGAGUGAUCCCCAAAUUGAGAAAUGUGUUCUCAACGGCCUGGAGGCCAUGAGGCCUCGUCUGAAGGAAGGUAUACCUGAAGUGAACAUCCCUGCCUUGGACCCCUUCACCGUGCCAACCCUGAAGCUUGACAGAACUGCUCCCAACUUGAGGCUGAAGGCUACUGUCAAGCAAGCGAAGGCAUACGGCGGCAGUGACUUCAAGAUUGAGAAACUGAAACUGAACCUGAACAACAAAUACGCUGGAGAGCUGAAGCUGACGCUGCCGAGGCUGAUGGUGGUCGCCAACUACGAUGUGAAGGGAUCCAGGCUUCUCGCCCUAGACAUCAAUGGAAAGGGACGCCUGCGAGGAAACUUCACUGGCAUCACAGUGGUAGCGAAGGGUUUCGCGAAGCCCAUUGCUAAGGAUGGCGUGGAGUACUUGCAGGUCGACAAGAUUGUCUCCAAAGUCAGGAUCAACAACGCUCAGAUUGCUAUUGAUGACACCGAGAGGCCGCUAGCUGCGGCUUCAGCAGUGUCAUUCUUCAACGCCAGUCCUAACGUGGUUCUGGACAUCCUUAACCCCCUGAUCGAGGAGACUACAGCUGCAGUCAUCAAGGCAUUUGUGAACAAAAUCCUGGGGAGUAUACCCAUCAGUGAAGUGUUGACAGAUGAUGUUUCUGCCGCCUAAUUGUAAAUUCAUAGGUUUUAUUUAGUUUUGAGAGGGUGUUGUUAAAGCAAAACGGUUUUUUAAUUUGUGGUCGUGAGUGAGCUUGUGAGUUGGCUUCAAACAUAUCUUAAGUAGAUGACGCAUGUACAAAAUUAAAAAAGCUAAAAUUUGGAUAGCAUUCGAAGAACAAUAAUUUGGUAAUUUAGAUAACAUUUAAAACAUGGAGUUUGCAAUAAUAAUGACUGAAUAUGGUAGCAUUAAAUCUGUUGAAGUACAAAAAAUAAUAUUGUAUAUACGUUUUUAGGCAUUUUGAAGUAAUUUUAUAAAGCAUUGGCAGUAUAUAUUUAUCAAAUGUAAACCUAUAAACUGUUUAUUGACGACCGUAAAGUCUAUCCAAUUAGUUCUUUUAUCGUCGAUCCUAAACGACCGUUUUAUUGGCGACUCGUUAUAAAGUGAGUUUGUAAUAAUUUGUUACUUCAUCUACUUAGAACACCUUAUAUAACCCCUUUCACUUAAUAUAAGUCUAGUUAAGAAAUAGUCGAUAGAAUAUUUAUUGAUUACAAAAACGUAAUGUCACUUUGUCAAGGAUUUCUUUAAUGCGAAGCUGUGAAUAUCAUGACACAAAUUAUUUCUAUAUCAAUAGAUUUAUAUUUCCUUUAACUAUUGCUCGUGUUGUUAAAGCUAUGAGAAAUUAUACUAAACCCUUCUUAGAAAUCACACUAUAUAUUAAACUAGCGACCCGCCCCGGCUUCGCACGGGUGCAAUAUGCAUGUAUUAUACAUACAAACCUUCCUUAAG